AUGGCGGCUGCAGCGAAAGCUCCAAAAAGCGGACUGCUCGAACUUCGGCUGGCGGUGGAGCGCUGGACCCGGGUGCUGGCCACUCUGAGUGCGGACUCGCUCACCCUCGUCCCGGGAGAAGUGAGCACCGAGGCAGGGAAAAGCGCAGCGGGAGCCGGGGGCACGGUGAACGGAGAACCCGGCCACCUGAGCUCACCGCCCGUCCCGGACUCCAUCAGCAACGUGAAAAGAACUGUGCGAGUUACCAAACAGGACGUGGGGGGGCUCGGUAUCAGCAUUAAAGGUGGUCGGGAGAACAAGAUGCCCAUCCUCAUCUCGAAGAUCUUCAAAGGGCUUGCAGCAGAUCAGACUGAGGCUCUAUACGUUGGUGACGCCAUUCUGUCAGUCAAUGGAUGUGACCUGCGAGAAGCUACUCACGAUGAGGCUGUACAAGCACUGAAGAAGACCGGGAAGGAGGUCAUUUUGGAGGUGAAAUACAUAAGGGAGAUGUCUGCAUUUUUUAAGAACACAUCUCCGGGUGCCCCUCCUGUGCUGGACUCUCCUCCAUCUUCCCCAGUGAAGCAGGUCGAUCUGGCCUUAAAGGAACCAAAAAGCAUCCCACUGAAAAUGUGCUUCGUCACCCUCAAGCAAUGCCCACCAGACACAGAAGACAGAUAUUUUGAAGUGAUCUCAGCAGACAGGAAGCACUCAGCAUUUCUGAGGGCGAAGGACCCCGCUAUGGCUCAGUCCUGGUACAACGCUAUUCAAGCAAGCAGCAGUGCACUUCUCUCCUCAGUUAGAGACGAACUGAGAGCCCUGCAGCCAGGCAUGGACAUCAUACACAUCGGCUGGAUCAUAGAGCAGGGAUCAGACAAGCCAGUACUGGCGGUGCUGACAGAUAGAGAUCUGUUAUUGUACAGCUCUGUACCUGAGAGCAAAGAGAGCCUUAACAGCCCAGACAUGAGUCAUCCUCUUAUUACCACCAGACUCGUUCACUCCGGACCUGGUAAGAGUGUAUCGGGUCAGGACUCUGAGUUAACCUUUGGCCUGCGUUUGGGCACAAAGCACGGUGUGGAGACCCACCUGUUCCGGGUAGAUACCCCAAAGGACUUGUCCACUUGGACCCAUCUGCUGGUGGAGGGGUGUCACAGUGCUGCAGAGCUCAUUCAGGAGGUCAACACAGCAUGCAGUUGGAACGGUCAGUCGUGCAUGCUGAGUGUGCACAUAGAGAAUGGAUUCACUUUGUUCACUGAGGAGGCAGGCGUGAGGAGGCACAUCCUCCUGCAGCAGCCGUUUGAGCGUCUGCGCAUGUCCUCGGACGAUGGAGUGCGCAUGAUGUUCCUUGAUUUUGGAGGUCCAGAGGCUGAGAUUCAAUUGGACCUCCACGCCUGUCCGAAAACCAUCGUCUUCAUCAUUCACGCUUUCCUUUCAGCCAAGGUGAAGCGUAUGGGCCUACUGGCAUGAACGCUAAGCGUCUAAACCCCACAGCCAGCAUUGACAGAUUACAUAUGGAAUUGGUAGGCGGCCUAGACAAUAUAAAAACCAUUGGCUGGCCCUGGCAGAUUCCGACCACUGUUGUCAAAACGAGUGUUUCGAAGCCAUGCAACAGCGAAUUUUGAUUUUAAAUUUUCAUAUUAAACAUUUUCUUCUUCUUCCUCUUUUUUUUGAGAAUACAAAUGUGUGUGCUAGUUCAGUGUAAAAACGCAUAUUUUAUAAGAUGAUUGUUGGCAUAUAAAAUAGACAGUAGGCAAGGAAUAUUUCACUGAUAUGCUUAGCCAUUUUAGGCUAAAAUGUUGCCACGGUAUAACUUAAAAUGUUUACUAAAUAGAAACCUCAAGAUACCAGAAACACAUUUUUAUUAAUACAAAAAAAAUUAAAUAUCUCAGCUAUGCAAUUUUACUAGUCAUUAUGCCUAAGCAACAUAUCCGUAUUGUUUUUUUAUUUUUUUAUUUUUUUGCAUUUUCUCCCAUUUUCUCCCAAUUUAGCGUAGUCAAUUUGUUUUCCACUGCUGGGGGAUCCCUGAUUACAGUCGAGGUGGAUAUAUUGCUGCGCAGCCCUUAGCGGAACCCUUUUUCACCCAUGCACUCUGCACAGGCGCCUCUCUAUCUGCUAAUCAGGGUCCUUACACAGUGUUUGAAGACCCCACCCACAUAGUCAGGUCAUCCCGCCCUAGCAGAAACGUGCCUGCUGCAGGUACCAAUUAUGCCUGCUAGAUGGCGCCCAGCCGACCGGUGGUAACGCCGAGUUUUGGACCAAGGAGUUCAGAAUCUCGGUGCUGGUGUGCUAGUGGAAUAUCACCACUAGCACACCACCUCAUUUUUAAUGCUGAUUUACAAUUCAAUUAUUAAUAGUGAGGAGCCAAGUUAAAGAUGCAAUACAUAUAUAUAUAUGUUUUUUUUUAAAGAAUUAAUAAUAUCAGAAAUUUUGCUGUCAUUUUGAUUAAUACAAAUUCUCAGUAGGCUAUAUAAUCUUAUUAUUAUGUUCUACACAUCCAAGUUGCUCGUCAUUAAGUUUGAGAUAAAGAAUAUUUUAAAUAAUACUCAUUAAAUAUUUUAAAUACUCAAUAAAUAUACCUCCAGUGCAUAAAUCCACUUUUAAUUUAUACACAAUAUAUUUUAACUUUGUACUGACACAAACAUAGCCUAGCUAAGCUGCCACUGUUGGGCAUUCAAACAAGAACUUUAACCCACAGGUUCUUGGACUGUAUAAUAUUCCAAUGCUAACAACCUCUAGCAUCCGGCCAUUCUUUUAUUCUUUUUUUUUCUUGUUGUUGUUGUUGCUUUUGUUUGUUUUGGUUUAUGUCUUCAUCCAGUCAGUUUUGGUAAGCUGUUAUAAUAAGGUAAAGCAAUACCUGUUUUAAUAACAAAGCAAACCGAGAUAGCUUAAGUACCCGGUGCUAGUCACGUUCAGAUUAUACCUGUAGUUUCUGUGCCAUUUGCUUUAGGUAGUGCCAGUACUUUGUGCAUGAUACUGAGGUCCCAGUGGGUUUAGGAGCCCUACGGUGUCUGUGCACCUCCAAGUGACACCUGUUAAGCUCCAGACCUAUGAUUAAACUACAGCCCAGUAGUGCACAAGUCUUCAAGGGAGUGACAGUGUCUAAGCAAGCAUUUGGGACAGUGCUUAAAACCCAUAAAGACACACGGGCACCUCAAGAUUUCUAAAAGGACUAGCAUUCACAAACACCACAAAUGUGAAAAUAGCUUGAUAGUGCUUAUGACAUUAAAUAAGUUUAAAAAAUCUGUAAGAGCUUCCCACAAGCCUACAAAAUAAAUGUAAGUGUAGGAAGCACUAGAUGGGUUACAGUUAGUAAUUCAAUAGCCACAAAAUUUAUCUGGAUGGAAGGUGUAGCUUCUAAGACAACCACUGACUGUAUGACCCAGAUAGGUGUACCUAAUAAAGUGCUCAGUGUAUUAUCAUACAAUAUAGGAAAGACAGUGGUUUUAAAAGUUGAAUUGUUUAAUUGUUUUGCUUUGUGGUUAAAACUGUACAGCUGUACCAGUCAUCAGGUUAAUAAGUACGUAACAAGAAUCUAUCAUGUGGCCUUUAUGAAACCAUUCAUGAAAUUAAUAUAUGCAUCAAACUAAAAUAUGUUUGCUUAUAAAACACAAUUUUUAUUGUAUAUUGUUAUUUAAAAAAAAGAGUGUGCCUUGCAGAGUUGUUUGUAUAUACAAAGUUUAAUAAACCUUAAU